AUGUAUUCGUUUUACGAGUCAAGCUCGAGCCCGAGUCAAGCUCGAGUCACGAGUCCAAUUCGAGUCAAGGUAAAAAUUUCUAACUGUAUACAAUCGUCUACACACUUCCCAGAAAAAGCUUUCUCACACCCUCGACACACCUCCGAAAUCAACUGUUAUACUUCCUGUUUACCUCAUAAAUGAAGGUUACCAGCCUGUGUGCGGGUUAUAUAUAUGAAAUUGAAACAAUGGCCUCUGGCAAAGGUAUAGUAAAAGCAUGGUUUUCUUUGUUUGCAAUCUGUUUCAAUCGUAUUAUAAACCGUUACGAAAUCGGGCAGUUUUUCAUCUACUUGUCUUUUAACUCGUCAUUUUUUAUUGUUUCUUUCAAAAAAAGACGAUUUAAUUGCUAUUAAGGUAUUAAAUUUAUUGUUAAUUAAGCUGUCUCUUAAGGCCAUGCACUUAGACAGAUUUAAUAUGGGCCAUUCCACGUAAUAUCUACACAUCCCCUAUUGCCGACGGCGAAAUUUCUUAGGGAUGGGAAGCAAAGGCUUUUUUUCAGUACGGUUAGCAAUAAAAGAUUAUGUUUCCUAGCCCUAGAAGUGUUGCAAUUCAAUUGUUAUAGGAGUAAAUUUCCGAAGGGUUUUACACAUUAAAUUUCCUUUUUUUCGGCCUUAAGAUAUGUUACACCUCAUCCAUUAGGGGUUGGAUAUUAAAUGGAAUAUGGUGCUAUGAAAAGGGGAGGAGGUGGCACAGAAAAAGUUGGGGGAUGAUUAAAAGAAGCAUUUUCUCCCAGAAAAAAUUAAUCUUCUGCUUUGUCCAAGCCUCACAACUAGUCUGCGAGGCAGGCUCUUCUUUGGUUAAGCCCCAUUUACACGAGCAAAUUUUCUUUAGCAAAUUCAGUUGUAUGUCAAAAAUAUUUUGUCCGUGUGGAUGAAAAAUUCGUAACAAAUUGCAUUUGAUCAAUUGCAAUUGCAUUGAUCAAAUGCAAUUGCAUUUGAUGCAUUUUACAUCAAAGAAAAUUUGCCAAAUGAGUAAAUUUGGCCGUACGUGUGGAUGGCUAUCGCAGAAAAUUUGUCCAAUUUGUUAAACAAAAUGGCGGCGGUUCAAGGAGUGAAGCGUUCAGUUUCACGGUCGGACAACAUUAUUUUCCUUUAUGAAUCGCUUAGUGUUCCAGAAAGUUAUGGAACCCUAAAAUAUUAUUGUGUAGUUCCAGAAAAUAUCCAGACCUCCUCCAUAUGGGGGUUCAUUUUGUCUAGAUUUCCAGUGCGGUGAGGGUAUACAAAAGCCUUGAUAUUUCCAGAGGGUAUUAAAAAAAAUUUAGCAUGGGUAGCCAUCUCUCAUUUAAAUAGGGCGCCACAGUGCUGAUUUAUAAACUACAAUGGCUUACAAUUUGCAAGUGGCGUAAGUUUUAUAAUAAAAACAUGUAGGAGACUAUAAAUAACGUUAUUCGCUCCAUAUUUAGAUAUUUGAUUGACAUGUUUACGCAUAAGUGAAACAAUUCUUUCGGUCUGAUACAAAACAAUGUUUUAAAUAGGGCAUUAAUAUUUGCGAUUCAGUGUAGUUUUGUUGUAAGUAUAUUCUGUAACUGUAUCUGUACUCCGUGGGGCAAAUAAUAGGCCAAAGAAAUUAUUUAGCUUUUCAUCAUGGCUUAAACUUUUAAAUUUAAGGCUAUAAAAAAUGCGACUGUGUAAAUCAGCCAUUAGUUGAAUGGUUUUCCCUUCAAAUCAACGCGAGCAGGAAAAUAAAACUUUUAGCAUGUGCUGUUACUUCUGUAGCUGUACAAAGUACAUAUUAUGUAUGCAGGCUAUAAAAGCAGCCAUGUAGUAGUUUUAAAAAUAUAGAUUUCCAGAGGGGUGGAUAUAACAGGUGGGAAAUUUGCCUGAGCAUGCGCGAGCAAAAUGAGCCACGCAAUUUGCGUGGAAUACACGCAACGCGUGUUUAGGAAAAGGCGCAAUUGUGUAAAUAUUGCCAAAUGUUUGGUACAAAAUAAAUGACUGUUUUUUGUUGAAAAUGGACAUGAUCUAAAUUAAUCAUACAGAAUUUUUUAGUGACGUUUGUUUACAUGAAAAUAGAGACAAGUCAUGAAUUGUACAACCUAGUAAACUGUAUGAGUCUCUAUUUUUAGGCUUUUCCUAAGAUAUCAGAUAAAUAUACAUGAAACGAAGGGUACAUUUUUAGAAAGUUUUAUCGUGAGGCCACGGCCAGUUUUUAAAAUAUCUUCAUUUCUGUUCCAGUCAUCACCAAAAUUACACUGAAGUCGGGCUUGAAUAUACAACAAAUUUUGAAUCUUAUCAAGUAAAAAAGUAUUUAACGUGUAACAAAAAUAUGCUCAUGAAAUCGAAAUUAAUAGCUAAAUUUUUAAACUAAACCCUUCCCGAAGCAGUCUUCAUGAAGAAAGUUCACAUUUUGGCCUUUGAUUCUUGGCAAAAAUUUGUGCACACUUGUGCUUCGCACAAGCAACUGGGUCUCAAAGACUUAGUUAAAACAUUGUGAGCCCCUAUUUUCCUGAUGAUAUGUUUGAUACUUACAAACGCCGAAAAGUUUUUUCUUUUCAUUUAGCUAUAUUUGAAAUUGAGGCCACGGGCUAUUAAAAGUAAUACAGUUCAAAGACAAGCUAUUUUUACUGACAUAUUUUCAAAAUUUAUCAAAUUUCGCGAGCUUGUAUUUUGAACUUAGACCGCUGAAUCUCCGAUUUAUUGGGAACUGCAGUCCGAAAUCCGUCCGAAAAUGAGCAGGAAAAUACAUGUUGUAUCAACAGGCAAAUUGCUAGAUGCGAGCUAGCCUGCUUCGAGAUUUUGCUUCACCAAUCACAGAACGUUAUUUAUGAAGGCAGCAUUUCAGUUCUUGUUUAAUUCAAUGAUUGCGUGCCUUUUUAGAGUUUUAACUUAUAGCAUGUUUCUUUAAUAUUAUUAGGAGAGUCAGCCAGCAAGGUUAACUCCCGACAUUUGGGCAGAUGUCCCAGUCCAGCGAGUUGAGAGUCUCCCAUAUCACAUAGACGGACUUAAGGUCUACAGCCUAGAAUAUGACAGUGGUAACAAAACAGCAGUUACUGAGGAUGGGAGACAGUGGGGUAAUUAUACUACGUCAAGACGUGCAGGCUUCGUUGGAAAGAGAUAUUUGAAAUCAUGCAAAGGGUCAUACCGCUGUGGCUACUUUCGCCAAUACAAUAAAGUAAAUCGAGUUCAAUUUGAGAAAAAGGAGUCCUGCUUAGUAUAUAGGACAUGUGGAGCAACACCUGUUUUUGUUUCAUGUUUUGCUAGAAAAAUAUGGGAGUAUCCUGAAGGAAAAUCAGAAGUAAUUGUGUAUCACUAUAGAACUCAUACGUGUUUCCUAGUCGCUUGA